AUAUAAAUUUCUUCCCCGUGAAAUAAUAGCCGAUCUCGAUGGAACAAUUGCCGUCUACUUCACAGCCCUCGGAGCCGCCGCCGGCGUCCACUACAUCCGCUACGGUCGCCGUCGCUACUGCUUCACUCCCACCGCCUACAGCCACAACAAGCGCAUUUCCGAACCCUAACGCUAACCCUAACCCAAAUCCCUCACCCUCCCCUAAACCUCCAACUACGGCACAAUCGCAGCAGCAACCCACGAAUUCCCAAUCGAGGCCGUCGUUCAAUACCAGACCAUGGCAGCAGCCGGCGUAUUCACAUUUUUCUCUCCCCUCUCCCCCCCUUCCUUCUUCUUCGGCUUCAACCUCCGCCGGGUCCGCCGCUCCGCAGCCUCCUCGCGGCGGAGUGGCCAUUGGUGUCCCCGCUCAUGCCCCUUCCGCUCCUUCCCCUGCGCCUACAUCGUUUUCUUCACUCAAUUCUCCAUCUUACGGACAACAAUCCCAGAUAAGGCAAUCAAUCCAAGGAAUAGGAAUGACAGGUGCGCUUGGAACAACAACCUCAAUGAGACCAGGAGUUCCUUCUCAUCAUUUGAGACCUUCUCAGUCAUCUCUCAGACCACAGACUAACCCGAGUAACCAAUCUCCUGUUGCGCAGAAUUUUCAAGGACAUGGCAUGAUUAGAGCUUCAUCAUUGGGAUCGCCUGCUUCGCCAUCACCUAGUGGUUCUCAGAGUUCACAGGCCCAGAAUCAGCCAUGGUUGUCUUCAGGAACCCAAUCAAAACCUCCCUUACCUACUCAAUCCCAUCGACCGCAAGUGAGCCCUCAAUCAUUUCAACAAAGGUCCCACAUUCAGCAACAUCACCCUAACAUGCCUACCACCCCUCAGCAACAGCCAGGUGGUUCCAGCCAGCAGGCACCACAAGUAUCAACGUCAGGCCAGCCACAGGAUCACUACAGCCCACAAUUUCCACCUCCCAGGAUGCAGCAGUCCAUAACUCAACAAUUGUCCAGGGGAGGAGUAUUAGGAAGCCAAAGACCACCUCUGGGCCUGACACAAUCAAGUUCAUUACCCCCAGUAGCUCCAAACAAAAGUUUGGUAGCAGAUGCUGAAGAAUCUUCUAAUAGAAUUGUUAGCAAACGGAGUAUUCAGGAGAUAGUAAACCAGAUUGAUCCAUCAGAAAAAUUAGACCCUGAGGUUGAAGAUAUUCUCGUUGAUAUUGCUGAAGACUUCAUGGAAUCAAUCACAACAUUCGGCUGUUCCCUGGCCAAGCAUAGGAAAUCAACCACUUUAGAAGCGAAGGAUAUACUCUUACAUCUUGAAAGGAACUGGAACAUGAGUCUUCCUGGAUUUGGCGGCGACGAGAUCAAGACUUACAAGAAACCUAUUGUUACUGAUGUCCACAAGGAGCGGGUUUCUGUAAUAAAGAAGUCAAUUGUAGCCGGUGAUAAGAGCUCAGGCGGAUUGUCUGGUGGGAAUGCAAAAACUAAUCUAGCAAAAGGACCUGCCAAUAUCAUCGGUUCCCCUCCUAAUCCUAAGAUAUGAGAAGCUUCUUGAGAUGCCUAAUGGAAGCAAACCUUUUUACCCUUUCUGCUUUAUUCAAUUCUGCAGUUCUCGACUCCUUGAGUACUACUUACUACCACUUCUGGAGAGCACUUCACUUUGUGGUUGAAAACAGAUGCCUUCCGAAUUCAAGAUCUCAAACAGUGAGUGAAAUGUAUGGUGCAGCUUGAGAAGAAUGGAUGGAAUGGAGAUCGAGAGGCCGGGGUAAUUCCUGCAUAUGGAUUUCUUCCUAUCGACCUUUUUGGAUGAGGUAUUUAUCCUGAUUCUGCAGUUUUUUUUAUAAAAAAAAACAUCUGAAUUGUCCAAUUACUUGUUGAAUGUGGGACUUUAAUUGGUCAUGUUAUUAGCACAAGUCUAAUUUAUUGGUUUGUACAAUGAGGGUUGGUUGCCCUAUGUUAGACAGUGUGAGUUUCUUCGACUGGGCUGAGAAUGGCACACUAGGAUAGUAUUAAUUUUAGUAGUUUCUACUGGGUUUGUUAUUUGAGUUAAACGGUUGUUGUACACAAUAUUUUAUGAAAAAUGUGUAUUUAACAUUUUUGUAGGGAACUA